AAUACUUUUUCCUGAAAAAAAUAAACUACUACAGAAAUAUGAGUAGAAAAAUGGCACGCAAGACGAUUCAAGCCUUUCUCGCCGCUGCCGCAACGGCGUUGUCCUUAUCGCCGCUGUUCACAGGAACUGUAGUCACCGCGCAGAUCUCUUCCCCGAGCGGGCAGGCGAAUAGCCAAUGCGGGGUCAGCCCGAAUGGGAAAGUUUUGGACACAAGCAAUAUCCGGCAGUUGGAGUCAAAGUUGAAUACCAUGGUAAAUCAGGAUCGAACUGAGGAUAAAAACGAUGAAGAACGACCUUCAGAAGAAGUAGAUUUGUUCCAGCCCCGUUCUCUCCUCGUCGGCGGUCAGGAUUCCGACCCCUGCGAGUGGGCCUGGCAUGUGGCGUUAGUCCAGAUUGAGCGCACGGUCAGGACCGUAACAAAUGUGGACGGUUCUUCCACAACCACGAAGUCCCUUCGGUGGCGGUAUCGGUGUGGCGGAUCUCUGCUGUCCGAAACCCACGUCUUGACCGCGGCGCACUGUGUGGACGACUUGACCAGCGCGGACUCGUUGCACGUGCUCGUCGGGCUUCACUCCUUACUGGAUUUGCAGAGGAUGUCGGAACACGAGCUUGAAAAGCACGUCGUCGCGGUGCAAGUGGUCCACAUCCACCCCGGGUAUUACAACAACAAUCAAAGACGGAAGAACCGGAACAAGAACAACGUGAAAGCGGAGGGGUCUAGCGGAAAUCUCUUGUACGACUACGCGGUCCUCGGCCUGGUCGCGCCGCCGAACGGGGCCGGAACAUCAUCAAAUGGACCCAAUCAGCAGGACAAAUCGACAUCCGACAACGACUUCAUCGACGACAUUGCAGAUUUCAUUUUCGACGGAGAUCCGGUUCUGUCGGACGAAUCCUUCAGCAAUAUGCAUUGCUAAUAUGUCUGGGUCUGGAAGGAUGCGAACUUGUGAUGCAUGUUGCGAAUCAUGCAAAAAUCUGUGUUGCAUGACUUGCAAAAGCUGUCCAUUUCUGGCCAUGCUGAGAGAGCAUUUGCAUUUCUCAUGCACAAUAGGCAUCACCAAGGGGCUGCAAAACGUGUGACGCCAUGCGGCCCUGCAUUACAGACUUGGCGGAGCUUGGAAAAACUGCAUGACAAGUCUCGGAAUCUUACAGACCCAGACAUAUUUGCAUUGCAUAAGCAACUUCGCCUUACAAUCCAACACCGACGCGCACUCUAAUACAAAUCUGAACGCAAACUUCGUCCCGGAGCUGAUGCGGAGCAAAAAAUGCCUAGUCAACGGCGAACCGCGGAUCAAUUUCGUCUGCCUCCCAAACGCGCCCUUAGACUCCGAGGCGAUAAAACGCAAGUACGAGGGGGAGAAGGGAGUGAUCGGCGAUUUGACGGUCUAUGCCGAUAACGUCGGGUCCACAGGAAGUUUUUCCGGCAACGGCCCUAACCACUUGGAGGAUUACAUCUGCGUGACCACCGGUUGGGGCCAGUCCGAGCAGUCUUCUUCCGCUACGUCUGAUUUGAUCCCCAAUGUUCUCCAAGAAACGGAGAUUGAAUUAAACCAACACUGCUCUGUGUACGCAUCAGCAACUUCAUCCGGAGGUUCUAGUAACUCCGACUCCUCCUCUGCGAUUGAGCAAUUUUUCCAGAACAUCCGGGGAGACAACUACCCGUCGAUCUUUAUCCUGUGUAAAAACGCCCCCACAUCAGAGAGUCUGUCAUGCGAUAAUCAGGAUCACAGACUGGAUCUGUGAUGCGUUUGGACCACUAGCUAGGCACGACUAUAUUACACUGCGCAGCCAAAGAACUUGUCAUGCGUGAGUCCCAAACAUGCCCGAUUUGUCUUGCCAAGAUCCCAACUUGCCUCUGGGCUGCUGGGGACGUCUUUAUUACACAGGAUAAUCUUGUGCGGUUCCGGCCUGAACCUCGCUUCCAACCCGCAGCACACGGGUAUGGAAGUGUCAGAAUCGAAAUCGACAAAAUCGAAAUGAUUUGUCAUGCAUGAAAUGGAUUCCAGUUCGAACCCAGUUUCUAAGUGGCGCAUCACAAAUUCUGGUGGUGCCUAAAUCCAGUUUGUAAUGCUGUUUAGGCAAAGAAGCCCGAUUCUCUCAUGCUGCUUUAGCAGCUCGAGGUAUAGCCCCAAACAGGCUUGCAAUCGGCCUCACAUGCCUGCUCUGCAACACACGUAUUUCGCGUUAUGCAUUUUAUGCAUCACAAAUUUUUCGAUUUUGUCAAUUUCGAUCCUGACAGUUCCAUAACGGGGUCCGGGUCCUGCGCCGGGGAUUCCGGGGGCCCGCUGGUUUGCAAACACAAGAAUUCCGACCAGUGGGUGCAAUACGGGAUCGUUUCGCAGGGGAGAUCGCUGUCGGGCGAGGUCUUGCAGGAUUGCGACGUUUCGAACGAAGAUCAUGACUUGGAAACCUGGUUUGCCGAUACCUUCUACGCAAGGAGCUGGAUCUACGAAAAGGCAAGCCUUAUGAAAUGCAAAAAUGUCUGGGUCCGGAACAAUGCAAACUUGUGAUGCUGUGUUUGGAUGCUAUAAAAAAUUUGUAUUGCGUGACCAGCAAGAGGAGUCCAUUUUGUUUUUGUGCUCCGUGGAGAGGGUAUUUCUCAUGCGGAACAGGCAUCAGGAAGCUCUCUAAAAAUCUGUGAUGCUAGACCACGCAUUACAGGCGUCAGGGGUUAUGCAAAAUAUGCAUCACAAGCCUGGCAAUCUUCCAGACCCAGACACUUUUGCAUUCCAUAAGCCUCUCCACCCAACCAUUGGAAUACGAGCAGCCGAAACGAGCGGUCGCCAGGAUUUUCGUGUAUCAAAUGCAAAAAUGUAUGGGUCUGGAAGAUUGUCAUGCUAGUCCGGUAAGACUCUGCACUCUGUAUUGCGCGGCCACCAAGAGGUCCUCUUGCAUGUCAUGCAAAAGCGCAGCUUCUCAUGCGAAAUACGCAUCACAGAAGCACGAAAAAACUUGUCAUGCUUGGCGGCGCAGUACAGAGCGCUUAUUGUUCACGGACUUGCAUCACAAGUUUCCAGACCCAGACAUUUUUGCAAUCCAUAUCGUGAUCGCGUGCUUGAUUUUGAUCGGCGUCGCGGUGAUCUACGAAAUCUACCGCUGCGGAAAGGACGGGAUGACGGUCUAUUGCUACCGGCGGUGCUGCUGCGGCUGUUGCGAUUGCCUCUGGCGGAUGUGCGGGCUGAAGGGGAAAAAGUAUUUUCCAAAACUAACUACAACUUUAACUUUUGUGUUUUCCUUUUCAUCAAAAUUCGUUAUCCGUGUAGAAGAGCGUCAGCUUUGCUUCGUCUUUUUCCAGCAAGCGCAAUACAAAACUCAAAAAACCUAUACUUAUACCAUAUCAGGCCCGCCCCCGUGACUUCCCCUACGGCGACCCGGAACAACAACGCCGCGCGCGGCCUCCCCUCCGCUAUCCGCCGGAACAGCAACUCUUCUUACCAGGAAUUGGUGGAAGCGCAACGCUAUGCACUGCAAAUAUGUCUGGGUCGGGAAGAAUGCAACUUGUGAUGCAAAUUUCAGACAACGCAAAGAUCUGUCAUGCAUGAACAGCAAAUGCGGCCCAAAAAUUGGCACCGCAAUAGGGGAUUUGUCAUGCGGAUUAGGCAACAUCGGGACACCUUCUCAAGACGUGUAAUGCUACGAUUUGCAUGACAGACCUCCUUGGUCAUGCAAGAGCAGCAUGACAAACAUCUGCACUCACCUAGACCCAGACAUAUUUGCAUUUGAUAAACGCCGAUUCGAUUCCGGGAUGAUGGUACCAAAUGUAAAAAUGUCUGGGUCUGGAAGGUUGGAACUUGUGAUGCUAACUUUGGACUCUAAAAAAAUCUGUAUUGCAUGACCAGCAAUAGGAGCCCAGUUUGUGCUACGCGGGGAGGGCGUUUGUCAUGCGGGAUAGGCAUCAGGAAGGCCUCUAAAAAUAUGUGAUGCCAGAUCAUGCAUUACAGACAUCCUGAGUCAUGGAAGAUAUGCAUGACAAACCUGGCAACCUUCCAGACCCAGACAUUUUUACAGUUGAUAGAUGGGCCAAGUCCCUCCGGCCUUUCUCGUUGGCCGGAACCGGGGUACUGCAGCUCAUACGGCCCCGAACGUCAUUCCUGUUGUACAACCGGGAGCAAAUGGUGCUGCAGGUGGUCCCCCAGGGGGGAUGUACUUGAUGCAAGCCCCGAUUCCGGUCCAGAUUAACCCGAACACCGGGAGCUUGCGGUACAAUCAAAAUGCUAAUUUGAAUUCCCGGGGACCAGCACCUGGACCACACAACCAUAACAACAACCAGCAGCGACUAGGCCGUCCCCACUCCGCUCCCAUGGUGACGAUUAUGGAGCAGUCGCAGCCGAUCGGGAACACCAACAAUGCGAUGAAUCCUCAACCACAAUCCGCUAUCAAAUGCAAAAAUGUCUGGGUCUGGAAGAAUGCAAGAUUUGUCAUGCAUAUUUCUCAUGACACAUGAUGCCUGUAACUAAUGCUUGACCUAGCAUCGUAGACUUUUGGAGGACUUCCUGAUGCACCUUCCGCAUGAGAAAUGCCCUGUUGUUCGUGUAGCAAAAACUGCACUACCCCUCUUGCUGGUCAUGCAAUAUAAUUUUUUUUACACUCCAAAAACAGCAUGACAAGUUGCAAUCUUCCAGACCCAGACAUUUUUGCAGUUGAUAUCCGCUGCGGUGCAGCAAGUCCAGAUUGAUUUGCAGAAAGACAGUGAACUGAUCAUCGCCGAGGCGAUCGAGUUGGCGCGGAAACAAAAGCAAAAUUUGAUCGUCAUCACGGGGGAAGACACGCGGGUGGAAGUGGCGCCGGCAGACGCGGAAGAAGUUUUACCUGCGCUGCGGGCGGCGUGAAAAGAGGGGGUUUAGUACAAUGCCUCGCCAUUGGCAUUGCCCAACAUGAAUGGUUCCUGUCGAAGGCGAAAGUACAAAAAGGGAUUGACUUCUUGUUGUUUUCAGAAAGUGUAGAAGAACACUGAGUGUCUGUAGUUACCAUCGAAUCCAUCUACCUGAAACGUUUCUAUGUUUACGUUUUCAUCCCAGCUUUCUUUUUCAUUUUCAUUGCAUGUGCACAUGCUUUUAAGUACUUAGUCUCUCUCUCUCUCUUCGUAGUUCAGGCUACAGCACAUAGACUGCUCUAUUUCUACCCGGCGCCGCAAAGGUGCUUGGUCAUUUUUUUAAUUCUAGAAAGACAUAGAAGGUAGUAUUCGCAAAGACAUCAAGAUCAAAGUGACCAAUUCUUCGACUACUCAGUACAAGGAACAAUGCGGACUUUGUUGUCUUGAGAUGCUCGAGUCCUAUCAUGAGAACCGCUUUUGAUCAGAUGCGGAAUAAUACUACAGGACGGUGUCAUGAGCGAUGAAUUCACUGCAUAAAAAAG